AUGUUCUGGGGCUGCUUCACGUACGACUACAAAGGUCCUUGCCAUGUCUGGAGGCCUGAGACUGCGCAGGAGAAGAGAGACGCCGCUCUCCAGAUUGAAGAGUUGAAUAAGGCUCUAGAGCCUCUCAUGAGAGAGGCGUGGGAGCUUACAACAGGCAUAAAGAGGCUUGGAUUACGUAACAAGCCUGGCAGAGUUCCACAAUGGAGAUGGGUAAAAGAGACGGGUAAGCUAGCUCGUGAGAGCAGUCGUGGUGGCAUUGAUUGGUGGCGUUACCAGACUCAAGUUCUUAUCCCAAAGCUAAUUCCCUUCGCAAAGGAGUGCCAAAAAGAGAGACCACGUGUCUUUGUUCAAGAAGAUAAGGCACCUUCGCAUACCCACCACGCUCAAAGAACUAUAUACCGAAACGCUGAGGUGGAGCAGCUCCCAUGGCUAGGCAAUUCACCUGAUCUCAACGCUAUUAAAGCAGCCUGGCCA